AUGGCAGAUCCGAACACGCACCCGUGGGGUUACUAUUGCGGCAACUCAACAGACUCGUCGGCCAACGGAACGAUCGAUAUUUGGAAGCCUGUGUGCGGUUGGGUGAGUGCAGGCAACGACAGAGGGACCAUCGACAUUCUUUGGUCCAGUAACCUGACCAUCUUGCUUUGUGUCUGGGUAGCGACUCAUCCCAACGCACUGGGGCACGGAGAAAAGUGGUGGCACGCUGCCAUCGACAAAUUCAACCUUGCCGCUAUCGGCCUUCUCGGACCCGACUUUCUUUUUGGUAUUGCAGUUGGACAGCUUGCUAGUGCUAGAAAAAGUGUCAAGGAAUUCAAGGAACUCCCCAAGAGAAUACGUGGGGAUAAUAAAUGGACAAUAAAGCAUGCAUUCUUUGUAGACAUGGGAGGAAUACAUCUGAAGAGUCCCGAUUACGGACGUUUUCCGAUCAACGCUGCACAAUUACUCUACUUGAUUAAAAACGAAUACGUCGUCUAUCCAGACAUGGAGGCAAUGGCGAUCUCUGAACGCAACAGUGUCGACGCUCUUUCCAGGUACGACGGAUAA